AUGAUCAAUAGAGAUUCAAGUAAAUUAUUAACUGAUGGUUCUACUACACAAAAGAUAUCCAAUAAACGCUCAUCGACAGCUCAAGUUAAUAAUAGAACAAUACGUGAACAACAAUCACGAAUAGAUUCACAUAAUUAUUCACCAAUGACACAACUUAAAACAGGACAAAUUUCUCAUUCACACAAUCAUGGUCAACCUACAUUAUCAAACUCUCGAAUAGCUUCAUCUCAUGACAGUUUGAAAUAUGUCAUUUUACCACAAGAACAAGUAUCUGGUAAAGCAAAAUACACCACACAAAGACUAUCUGAUGAAUUAGAUACUUUUAAUCAUAAUCUUUCUCUUCAAUUAAAUGUAAAACAAAAGUCACAAUCACACAACAUUGUUCAUCAAACAGUAAAUUCUUUUCAAUCAAUACAAUAUCCUUUAGAAGAAUUGUUGAAGGGAUCAUUAGAGAGAUAUCCUCGACAACAGACAUCAGUAGUAUCAGAUACUAAUUCUAGUGAUAUGGAACUAAUUAAUAUUCGACAUAUACUCAAUCUUAUUGAACAAGAUUAUCUUCAUGCGGCUCAGCCAUAUGUAUCUAGCGUGCAAUUUACAAAGAAUUAUGAAGAUGAUCAGCUUUUAGCUGAUCUCGGAUCAACGACAGUAGCAACUGUUCAAAUAGGUUCUUUUUCAUUGUUAAUUUUACGAAAAAAUUACGAUUCAUUUUCUAUCGAAGAUCAUACAAGACUGAGUGAGAGCACAUAUAAUCGACAAGUACCCGCACAUCAAUAUAGUGAUACAAAUGGUUUUAUGUUAUACAAGAAAAUGCAUUCGCAAAAUUCGUUUACCAGUGAUCAACAUUCAACAGCGAAUAGAAGAAAACACAGAACACGACAUCAUGUUCAAGCAUCUCCAUCUAUUAGUAAGAAAAAUAUAAAAUCAACACUGCUCUUAUGUUCAUAUUUAGAUGUUUCACAACCAUCGAACACAGUGGAUACACAGUCCCAAACAGACAGUGAGUAA